UAUAUAUAUGUCUAUAGAUCGUUUAGACUUAACCUCUCAUUUCUGUAUACAAUGUGUAUACAAAUUCUCAAGCAAAACAUUGCAAUGUACAUAAUCAAAUAUUGGCCAAACUCCAACUUUUGAAUUAAGUAUCAAUUGGUGCAAUGAAAAGAUACAACGCAUUCAAUCUCCAGACCAACUGCCGCAUUUGCUUCACCCAGACAAGGUCCAAGCGAACUCCAUUGAAGGCCCCAUUGAAAAGAAAGCAGGAGCCUGUUCUAUCAGUGCACGAAGCCCUAGAGAUAGUGACAGGCGAGAAAAUACCCCUUGGAGUAAAAUACCCUGAAUCAGUGUGUGGCGUAUGUUUGGAACUUUUGAAAAUCACCUAUGACUUAGUGGUACAAUAUCAUGUGUCGAAGCAGAAGCUCAAGGCAGAACUUAGAAAACUCGGUGAAAAUUAUUGCGAGGGUGAAAGCCGAUCUGAAGAUGAUGAGGUCGAGAAACCCCCCAAAGCGCCUGUUGAGAUAUUCAUGGGUUCUAAAAAAUUGAAGCUAAACGACUUGCUGAUUGUUGAUGAGGAAACCGAUGAUGAGGAUCGAUCAUUUGAAGGUUUCUUGCAAAAUUUAGGCAAAACUGUAACGGCUUCUUUCGUUAGGAAGAACCCCGAAACACCGCAGGCUGAUUAUCCAAUUAUUGAGAACGAAUCGCUAGCUCUAGAUCUAGAGCCGCCUCCAACAAGCGUGGACUCUGAAGUUGUUCUAGAUUUAGAAUCCAACACUGUCACUGCUGUACAAGCCAAUAACUCUGUUCAAAGCGGUGAUCAGAAAUACACGGACAAACCGGCGAAUGCUGAGGUGUUUGCAAAUUUAUUGGAGUUAAAUGAGACGGAUAGGGAGCUAGUCAACUCCGCUUUGAAGUUGAAUUACAAAUGCCCUUACUGUUCCAAGCCGCUGGCGUCGAUGGCUAGAGCCAAAAUGCACAGUCGAAUGUGUUAUAAGAAUACAGCCAAUGUGACCUGUUAUGUUUGCAAGGCAAAGUUCAAAUCGAGGAGAUAUCUAUUGAAACACUUCAACGAUGUUCAUUUUUCUAAAGGAAAAAGGCUGCAAAAUACCGCUCGGGAAAAACACUGUACGCUUUGCGGAAAGCUUUUCCAAAACGCAGGAUCUUUAUUUUCCCACAUGAAGAGACAUGAAGAACGGCAGCAUGUGUGUGAUAUAUGCGGCAAACAAUUUCACACAAAAACGCAACUUCGAGUUCACAGCCAAAGCCACAACAGACACAAAACGGUGGUAGUGUGCCCGAUUUGCGGAAAAUCGUUCCACUACCAAACUGGCCUGUUCUAUCACAUGAAAACCCAUACGAACGAAAGGAACAUUCAGUGCAGUUAUUGCCCGAAAAGGUUUUACAGUAGAACUUCGGUAAAACGACACGAAUUAACCCACACGGGUAUGCGACCAUACGGCUGCCAAUUCUGCGAUAGAAAGUUCCGAUCGACAUGCGAAACGAAAAAGCAUGAGUUAUUGCAUACGGGAAAUAGGCCGUUUAAGUGCGUUCACUGCAACAUGGGAUUCAUACAGGCGCAUAAUUUGAAAGUCCAUCUAAUGACGCAUCCAGGCGAUUUUUUUUGCACUGUUUGUCCGAAAUCUUUUGUAUCUAUCGACGUUUUACGAUUUCAUAUGAAAUCGAAGCACAAGAUGGAACUGAAUUUUAGUUUAAAUGAAGACAAUGAAGCAGAACUGAAUAGCAACCAAUUAGAAAUUGGGCAAAGUGACCAGAUAUUCAGCGAUUAUCAGUUGGAACUUUCGGACGUUUCGGAAGCAAUACAAUUGGAAGAUGGCAGCUUCUUUAUUUCUGGUCAAUAUGAAAUGGCACAGGAUCAGGUGCCAAGUGACGAUUUAGUAGUGAGAACUUUCGAGUUUCGAGACAACGUUCUAGUAGAAACUACGCCGAAUUUGACUUAAAUUUCUGAGAGUGAGAGUCUACUGUAGUUAUCGAUCGAAACGAAAUAAAUAGCAGCCCCAAGAUCCAAAAUCA